CUGAAUUUUAGGCGGUUCGGUUGUGUUUGGUGUUGAUGGUUCCAUCGUUGUUUGUUAUAAGUUUUCCGAGGUUUUCUGUGUGUUCACUCCUAUCGCCGAAAGUGUUAUCCAUCGGCUAAAACAAUAAUCAGAGUAGAAACAUUGACCGAAAUUCGUAGAAUACUCGCAGUGCAUUGAGCUAGGCGUCAUGGUGUAGGCUUCCACCAUUGGAAAAGUGCCACAAAACACUGAAGCGUCUGUUUUAGUACCGAAAACCCAUUUGUAUUCUACCGAGAAAGAAAGUUUUGGUUGAUUCUCGUUCGUGUUUGGUGCGGAAAAGAAACAAUCCCAGCAACAUGGACGAAUUGAUGGAACUAUUCGACAACUUCAUCGGUGAUGCUCUCCAGCUGGAGAAAGCAAUGGAAGAUGAGUUCAAGGAAUUCGAGAAAAAGCUGACCGAUUGUGUCGCGCAAGCAAACGAGCGCGGCACACCAGUGCAAAAUAAGAAGCGACCGAAAAGGCAGGUGUCCAUUUCGGAAAAGGAAGAAAGCACCAAUUCUAGCGCCCGGGAAGAGGAGGAACGAUCAACAAAACAACAGGCGGAUAAGAGCAUGGCUUCUGCGACCAGUCGAUCUACCGCGCGCAUGCUGGACGUGUUUGGCAAUGGCAAUAGCGCUCCCGUUGCCGAUGCCGUACAGCAAUCGAUAGAGACGAUUCCACCGGUAGAAGCUUCCUUUGCACGUCCCUCACGAUCGGCUGCGUUGAAGGCACAGGAAAAGCUCAAGGAACCGACGCUGAAUACGAAAAUGCGAAACGAGUCGUUUAUGGCAGUGGUCGUUAAAAAAGAACGCCAGUCGAAAAUCGAAAGCGACGGGAAGGACUCGGCCGUUGGCUCGGAUAAACCUGCUUCCCAGCGCGACCAGUAUGAUGAAAUGGAAACGGAAAAUGAUGCCAACUAUGCCAACCGGAACACCAAGCAUGACACGCAGCAACGUAAAGACGAAGGGUUCGGCAGCACCAAUGAGUCGUCCGAGAAGGAUGAGCCCCCUAUGGUGACAGCGAAACCAACCAAUCGCGAAGCAUCCAUUAUGGUUGUUCCGUUGGCGGUACCGAAGGUGGAAGUCCUAUCGGAUGAAGAAAUGCCUCCGCCGAAGCUGCCUCCUCCAAAACUGCCGGCACCGAAGGUUCGAACGAAGAAGAAGGUAGCGGCGAAGGAUCAAAAGCUGGCUGAUGAGACAGCCUCGAGUUCUGCCGUUUCGUCGGCCGAGUCGUCGAUCAGUAGCUCGUCCAGCAGCAUAAACGAUACGCAACAAGGAGCCCGACGUGCGCGAGGAAGACCUCCAAAGGCAAGUAAAGUUGUGCCACCAGCGGUUCCAAUGGAAGAAGAUUCGAUAGAACCGGUUCGCAUAAAAACCGAAAAGUUAUCGAUUGCGGAUUCCAACCAGCCGCAGAAACAGGAUUCUAACACCUCAGGUAAAUCGGUCUAUGAAGACGCGCAGGAACAGAUGGAGCAGCACCAAAUGCGUCCUCUACAAGUCGUUCUUGAGAAAAUCGUUGUCCCUGCAGUCAACCAAUCACCGGUAUCGGUCAUGAACGGAACAUUCCCUACAGGCAAGCCACAAGCUAAUGAAACAUAUCCAUUACCCCCGAGUAUACAAGAUGGUACUUUCACCGUUAAUUCGCCACCGAAUACUGCGCCUUGCAACGAAACGUUCAACCUUCCAGCGCAAGGAAUCACGUAUCAGCCACAACCGGGUACAAACGAUACGUUUGUUAUUGAAAAGACCGGUAGUGCAAGUACAGAUCAAGAUGCGGCAGCAAACUAUCAUAAGACUCUUGUAAAUGCUAGUAUCAUGACGGAGGAUGAUUCCGUGGUAGAAAACUCACCCAAUCAGGCCUCUAUGUUGCCGGUAAUAAAGCCGAAACCAGUCAUCCUUUCUGCAAAACCGAACAAAAGCUCCGCAUCGACAAGCGCAUCGAAGAAGGGCUCCAGCGCGUUCCCGUCAUCGUCAAAGCAACUGCAGAUGAAGGACAACACUGAACUCUUCAACCCUUGUAUCAUGAGUCCGAUCAAAAGUCGUAUUCAGGCAUUCGAAAAGUGCGCUUCCACGACGGCGGGAACACUUACGAAGGCAACCACCACCAUCGGCACCCCUCAGGCCAGAGUAGGUCGUGUGCUGAAAACGAUCAGCACUCCGUCGCUUGCCACCACGCCACAAUUUUCCUCGCUCGAGUCCCUCGGAUCGGUGGCCCAUUCGGCGCAGGCCAAGGAGACCGUUUAUACACCAAACUGUGCCACACAACCGUUGGUGAAGGCAGUGUCCGCUUCGAAGAUUCACCAGAUGCAGAACAAGGCGCUGCACAGCAAAUUUGGAACCAAUGCCACGGCCGUCAGCGGCGGCGGCUCGGUGCGCAGUUUGUCACGCGAAUCCAGCAGCGAUCGUGCACAGGGCCUGGGCGGUGGUAGUGGUGGUGGUGGAACAUUGUCCGCUGCUUCGUCGACAUCUUCGCUGCUGGAUGAGAAGAAGAAGAAGCGCGAAGAGAAGCAACGAUUGGCCGCCCAGCAGCGGGAGGCCAUGGAGCGAGAAAAGAGGGAGCACGCGGAACGUUUGCUAAGAGAAAAGGAGGAAAAGUAUCGAAAGCUGGUGCACGAAAAGCAGGAGAAGCAACGCAUCGAUGCAUCCAAGAAAGCCAAGAAGCUGGAAGAAUUCGAAAAGCGGCGCCAACUGGAAGAACAGCGAGCUUUGGCCGAUCAAAAACGGGAAGCACUCGCCAAACAACUUGAGCAGCAAAGGAUUGAUCGUGAGCUACUUGAAACAUUGAAGCAAAGUCAGAUGAAGGAAACCCAAGAAACUAAGCUUCACAAACAGAUGGUCCAGCAGAAGCUACGCCAGCAGCAACUCCAGCAAGAGCAGCAACAAAUGGCGGCCAAAAAGAAAACAGCGGCUUCUAAGAAGGACACGUUCAAGUUCGAAAUGAUCGACACCGACGACACCACCGACGACGAUGAGGCAGAAGAUGUCGCCGCACGCAAAAAGAAACGGCCACCAACGCCAGCGUGGUGUCAGAAUACCGCCGAGUUCCGCAAGACCCUCAAACUGCAGGCUAUGGUCGAAACUAAGGUGGUGGAUCGAUUGUUUUCCGUUCAACCGAUGACACCCGACUUGCGCAUCCUUUUCCCUUCCAUCGAUGCGCACAAGCUGAAACGGAACUCGAGUGCUAUUUGGCGAACUCCUCCACGCCAAUCGCAGAUUCCUUAAGGUACACUAUUACGCUAUGCCGUCUUGGUUUUUUGGGUGGUAUCGUUUCAAUCGAGUGUUACAUUUAUCGAAUUCACAUCCAUCUACCUACACUCAUCGUGCGUAAUCGUACCUACACUUAGCGAUGAUAAGCUCAGAUCGAUUGGAUCUUGUCUGCUUUACGAUUUCGUUUCAUAUUUUAUUUUUGCUAAUGGAAAAUGUAAACGCCCGUAGUUAGUGAUCAGUUCUAGCUGGUAAGAAUUUGUGUUGAUUUUAAAUUGAAAAAAUCUCAAAAACGGAAAACAUUAUGAGGUAAAAUAAAUAGUUUUGUUUAAGAUAA